CCCUAGUUUAAUUUUAAAUCAAAAUCAUUUUGCUAAUGUGGCCAAUUAAACAACCCCCAAGCUGUAUUUCCUAAUUCCUGUUUCGCAGAAAUUACUCCCAUUUUAUGACAUGUCAAUCUCACCCAAAUUCUACUCACUCAUUAUUUUAGAUUGAAAUUUCCGUCUUUGUAAAAUAUAAACCGAAUUUUUUUUAUCCUAUUUACCCUGUUUCCAUGAAUGCUAAAAAUCUGAUAUUUAGUGCAAUAGCACUUGGAAUAAUCACUGUAAUUUUAACUUUAAGUUCCAAAAAUGUUUACAGCCCACCUAAAAUAGAAGGUUCAAAAGACCUGUUAUGGAAAGCUGAGGUAAUUCAUCUGAAAGGAGCAGUUGGGCCUGAGAGUAUUGGGUUUGACCCGAAUGGUGAAGGCCCAUAUACAGGUGUUGCUGAUGGUCGGAUUCUUAAGUGGAAAGCUGAAACUGAAGGUUGGGUUGAAUUUGCUGUCACUUCUUCUCAAAGGAAGGAAUGUGUGCACCCUUUUGCUCCCCAUAUGGAGCAUGUAUGUGGAAGGCCGCUGGGCUUACGAUUUGAUACAAGAACUGGAGACCUCUAUAUUGCUGAUGCCUACUUAGGACUUCAAGUUGUGGGGCCAUCCGGUGGAUUAGCUACCCCACUUAUCACAAAAGUUGAAGGCCAGCCUUUGCGCUUCACAAAUGACAUGGAUAUUGAUGAGCAAGAAGAUGUAAUUUACUUCACAGAUACGAGCACACAAUUCCAGCGGAGGCAAUUUAUUGCAUCUGUUGUAAGUGGAGAUAAGACAGGCCGGCUGAUGAAAUACGACAAAGCAACCAAAGAAGUGACAGUUUUACUACGAGGCCUUGCUUUUGCCAACGGUGUAGCCUUGAGCAAAGACAAGUCCUUCGUACUAGUGGCUGAAACUUCUAGUGGUCGAAUAAUAAGGUAUUGGCUUAAAGGCCCUCAUGCAGGAAAGCACGAUACAUUUGCUGAUCUACCAGGAUAUCCGGACAACAUUAGAAGAAACUCGAGAGGGGAUUUCUGGGUUGCGUUGCAUUCAAAAAGAUCGAUGCUUGCACAGUUGGUCACGUCCAAUUCAUGGCUCGGCAGGACAUUGCUAAAACUUCCUUUCACCUUCCAGCAACUGCAUUACUUGUUAGUCGGAGGGCAGCCGCAUGCAACUGCAAUUAAGUUAAGUGAGGACGGCCAAGUUGUGGAAGUUUUAGAAGACGUUGCGAGCAAGACCUUGAAGUUUAUAAGUGAGGUUGAGGAGAAAAACGGCAAGUUGUGGAUUGGUUCUGUAAUGGUGCCUUUCCUUGGAGUUCAUGAAUUGUCUUAAAGUAGCAGUUCCCUAAAUAGGUUGUAACAUUUUAAGUCCAGUUUGUGAUAAGACUUUCUUCAGUAAACUGUUUGUGAAUCCUCAGUUUCCUAUUUA